CGCAGAUACAUAACCUAUGUUGCUAUGAUUUAAAAAUAUGAGUGCCGUAGUGGUGAAAGAAAAUGUUUCUCUGCCGCAAAAGCGGCACUACAGGCAAAGAGCCCACUCAAAUCCAAUAGCUGACCACUGUUUCGAUUAUCCCACAACACCUGAUGAUAUGGAUUGGUCAAAAUAUUAUCCAGAAAUGGUAAAACCUAAUUGCGAUAACAACCCCCUUGUAGAAUUUGCUGAUAUAGGUUGUGGAUAUGGUGGUCUUUUAAUAACACUUGCCACAAUGUUCCCUGAAAAAUUAAUGAUAGGAAUGGAAAUUCGUGUUAAAGUCUCUGACUAUGUAAUGGACCGGAUUGCUGCUCUAAGAGUGCAAAAUCCUAACAAAUAUCAGAAUGUCGCAUGUUUGAGGAGCAAUGCUAUGAAAUAUUUACCAAAUUUCUUUAAAAAGGGGCAGUUGACCAAAAUGUUUUUCUUGUACCCAGAUCCUCAUUUCAAGAAAGCCAAACACAAAUGGAGAAUAAUUAAUCAGUGUUUAUUAGCAGAAUAUGCUUAUGUUUUAGCUAUAGGUGGAAUUGUUUAUACAGUUACAGAUGUUAAAGAUUUACAUGAUUGGAUGGUGCAGCAUUUUGUUGAACAUCCUCUGUUUGAAAGGAUAUCAGAUCAAGAAUUAGAAAGUGAUUCAGUUGUACCAAAUUUAUUCAGUAGUUCUGAGGAGGGACAAAAAGUGUCCAGAAACAAUGGAGACAAGUUUUUAGCAGUUUUUAGGCGCGUUGUUGAUCCAACAGAAAAAUAGCAUAUGUGUAUUAAAAUAUUUUUAAUAAAAACAGACAAAAAUCAAUGUUUUUUCUUGCAAGCACAACUUUUGUCACAUUCACUGUACUUUCCAAUAAACUUUUCUAUUUCCGUCA